AUGGCAGUGACGACUACAAUAACUGAAAUAGACAAUAGCGCAUACAAAUACAGACAACAGCUGUUUAAGACUAAAUGCAAAAUUUACCUAGGUAGAGCGGAGAAACUCAAUAGCAUCACACAACGAAUAUUGCCACUUGGUCGAGUAACCAAUAAAGAUGCUUCGGAUCUAGAAUCGAGUUGGCAGUACAACAUAAUAUUAUGGUCACAGAUGAUGAAUCUAUCCACAGAUAACGUAUUCUAUACAUUAUUUCAAUUCUCAAUAUUUUGUGUUCUACGUCGUAUACCUUGCUACCAACAAAGUAAUGAUGAGAAGUAA